ACCGGAUCGCGAUCAACUUAAACAUGAAAUCAAGGGAGAAGAAUCAUUAGAAAAACGAAGAAGAAGAGAGCAGAAAUUGGGUUCGCAAACCGUAUAGAGCAGGCAGUGUUGGGAUCGACCACUACGGAACUAGAUCAAUACGUACCAAACACAGUUAGCCAUGUCCACGUUGAAAGUAUACCUCCCGAUCACUGUUUUUUUCAUUCUCUCGCUGUUGCCCAACCUCAUCGCCACCACAACUCCCCGCGGCCGCCUCCAAGCCACUCGCUCCACAUCCCAAGGCGCUCCCUACCCAGACCUCCGGAAAAUGUUUGAUCUUGUGGUAGCAAAGGACGGCUCCGGAAAUUUCACGUCUAUCAAUGAUGCUGUGGCUGCGGCUCCGAGCAAUAGCAAGAUCAGGUUUGUCAUCUAUAUUAAGGAGGGCGUAUAUUUGGAGUAUGUCAUGGUCAAUACUACGAAGACCAACCAUAUGUUCGUAGGUGAUGGAAUUGGGAAGACUUGGAUCAAGGGCAAUCGAAACUAUGUUGAUGGAUGGAACACUUACCGAUCAGCCACCGUCAGUAAGUUCUUAAAUCUCAGUAUCUAAUCAACUAGGAAAAAUAUAUAUUUAUUCUAAAUCAAAAGACAAAUUGCUCUACUUAA